AUGACAUUCCACUUCUUAGGUUAUGUGUUGGAGCCAUUGAAUGAGUUCAACACUACAUUUAAGGCCGAUGAAUCAAGGAUUGGAUAUCUUGGAGAAGAAAUCCACAAACUUCUAAGAAAAUUCCUUGGCCGUUUUAUAAAGGCAGGAAUAAUCAAGAAUUCCAAGGACCUCAUCAGUGUGGACUUCCAAAAUCCAGAAAACCAGCUCCAAGAUAACAUACUUGCAGUUGGAAUUCUUACCAGGUUCUACAUUGCAGAGAAUGAUGAGGAUAUUCCACCAGUAGACUUGGCAAAUUUUUUCCAGAAUGUAAGGGGGUUCUACUGUGCCAUCACAAAGAAAAUGCUAAAGCACUUUCCAUUCAAGGACCCAGUUGUCAACAAUUUAGGAUUCUUGAAUCCUCACAGAAGGGAAGAGACCAUCUUACAGUCUAUAGUGGAGAUUGCCAGAAGAUUCCCUGCCAUAGUUCAGGAAAAGGACUUCCCAAAGUUGGAAGAGGAGUAUCUGGAUUUCAGUGUUUCUCCUGACUGUGACCUUCCAAACUUUGAGAAGGGGCAGACAAGAAUAGAGUCUGACUCAUUUUGGGGAGAGAUGGGGGAAAUCACCAACAAAGUCUCUGGAACACCAAGAUUCCCAAUUCUCAGUAAAAUUGCCCAGUCUAUGUGCUGUAUCCCAAACAGCAAUGCAGAUUGUGAGAGGGUGUUCUCCCUUGUGAGAAAAAUACAGACAGAACAAAGAGCUUCCAUGGACAAUCAGACACUAUGUAGUCUUCUAUGUGCUAAAAUAAACUGUAAAGAGGAAUGCCAUCAAGUGAAACCUUCUAAGGACACUCUAAAACUGACUAAAUCAGCAGCUUACAAUUACAAUAAAGAACAUGAAAGUGUAUCAUUUGUUAUUUCUUAG